AUGUCUGGGCAACCAGACCAGGGCGACUCGAGCCCCGAGUCUCGCGCCCAAUCUCCCCACGGAAGCGCCCAGACCUACGUCGAAGGCCAGAAGACUCCCCCCUUCAACGCCGAUACCAAGAAAGAAACGAAGAAUCAAGACAACGUCAACGACGACGACGACCAAGAUGAUUCCUCAGAGAACAACAGCGUUCAGGAGAUGGAGCGGCGGCUCAGCAUGGUGCAGCAGCUCGCCCGGCAAUACACGCACGCCUCGGGCAUCGACAUCCAGGGCCAGCCGACCUCGCUCUUUGGGAACAACGACCCCGAGUCGCCGCUGAAUCCCAUGAGCAGCAAGUUCAACGGCCGCACAUGGGCCAAGACGGUGGCCAAGUACGCGACCGAGCACGGAUCUGGCUUUCGGCGCAGCGGCAUCUCGUUUCGCAACAUGAACGUCUACGGAUACGGAACGGAGACGGAUUUCCAGAAGGACGUGGGCAACGUGUGGCUGUCGAUUCCGGAUCUCGCUCGGCAGGCGAUAAGCAAGACGGGCGGACGCAGACGGAUCGACAUCCUGAGGAACCUCGAUGGUGUCGUCAAGUCGGGCGAGAUGCUCGUCGUGCUGGGACCGCCUGGAGCAGGAUGCUCGACGUUUCUCAAGUCGAUUGCCGGCGAGACCAACGGCAUCUACAUCGAUGGCGAGACGCAGUUCAAUUACCAGGGUAUCAGCGCAAAGGAGAUGCACACCCAGCACAAGGGCGAAGCGAUUUAUACAGCCGAGGUCGAUGUGCACUUCCCAAUGCUGUCGGUUGGCGAUACGCUUGCCUUUGCGGCCAUGGCGAGAUGCCCCCGGACUCUGCCUGCCGGCGUCUCCCGCGAACAGUUUGCGGCUCACUACCGAGACGUCAUUAUGGCCAUGUACGGCAUCAGCCAUACCGUCAACACGCGCGUGGGAAACGAGUAUAUCCGCGGCGUGUCUGGCGGAGAGCGGAAGCGUGUGACAAUUGCCGAAGCCUCGCUCUCGAACGCUCCUCUUCAGUGCUGGGAUAACUCAACCCGUGGCUUGGAUUCCGCAAACGCCAUCGAGUUCUGCAAGACUCUUCGUCUCCAGUCCGACACCUUUGGCCAGACCAGCGCCGUGUCCAUCUACCAAGCACCCCAGAGCGCAUAUGAUGUCUUCGACAAGGUCCUCGUUCUGUAUGAAGGAAGGCAAAUCUUCUUUGGUCCUACCGACAAAGCCAAGGACUAUUUCGUCAAUCUCGGCUUCGAAUGCCCUGCGCGCCAAACCGUGCCCGACUUCUUAACGUCAAUGACGGCGCCGACGGAACGAAUUGUUCGUGCUGGGUGGGAGAGCCGCGCUCCUCGCACCCCUGACGAAUUCGCGACGUGCUGGAGGAAUAGCGACGCCUACAAGACGCUUCAAGCUGAGAUCGAUGCCUAUAACCAGGAGCAUCCCAUUGGCGGUGCCGACGCCGACGCUUUUCGUGAGCACAAGAAAGCCACACAGUCAAAGGGCCAGCGCGUCAAGUCUCCCUACACGCUCUCGUAUUCGCAGCAGGUCAAGCUCUGCCUGUGGCGAGGCUGGCGACGACUGAUGGGCGAUCCCAGCUUGACACUCUUUGCAUGGCUGUCCAACACGGCCUUGGCCCUCAUCAUAUCCUCGCUGUUCUACAACAUGCAGCCCACGACCGGCAGCUUCUACGGCCGAGCGGCGUGCCUCUAUGUCGCCAUCCUUAUGAAUGCCUUUUCGAGUGCUCUCGAAAUUUUGACGCAGUAUGCGCAGCGGCCGAUUGUCGAAAAGCAGUCGCGGUAUGGCUUCUAUCUUCCGUCUGCGGAAGCCUUUUCAUCGGUGCUCUGUGAUAUGCCGUACAAGGUUGGAAAUGCCAUCUGUUACAACUUGGUGUUGUAUUUCAUGGCAAAUUUGAAUAGGACACCGGGCGCAUUCUUCUACUUUCUCUUCGUGGUGUUCCUGAUGGUGUUGGCCAUGUCUGGAAUCUUCCGUUCCAUAGCCUCCCUCUCCCGGACCCUCUCGCAAGCCAUGGUUCCCGCCUCGCUGCUUAUCCUCGCCAUGGUCAUCUUCACCGGCUUCGUCAUCCCCGUCGACUACAUGCUCGGCUGGUGCCGCUGGAUCAACUACCUCGACCCGGUGGCCUACGGCUUUGAGGCCCUCAUGAUCAACGAGUUCAGCGGCCGCCGCUUCGAGUGCGAUGCCUUCGUCCCCAGCGCCCAAGUCCCGGGCUACGAGAACGUCACGUCCUCGCACCGCGCGUGUACCGCCGUCGGGUCUGUCCCCGGGCAGGACUUUGUGAGCGGCGACGCGUACAUCAACCUGCAGUACAAGUAUUUCCACGCGCACAAGUGGCGCAACGUCGGCAUCCUGAUUGCCUUUGUGCUGUUCAACCACUUCGUGUACUUUGUCGCCACGGACCUCAUCCAGGGAAAGAAGUCCAAGGGCGAAGUCCUCGUCUUCCGCCGCGGCCGGCUCCGGUCUUCGACGCCCAAGAAGAGCAACGACACGGAAUCGUCUCUAUCAGGCCCCGUCCCCGUUGUUGAAAAAGGGGCGGAUAUUCCCAAUGAGCGCAGCGACGCCAAGAUCCAGGCUUCGACCAGCGUCUUCCACUGGUCGAAUGUCUGCUACGACAUCAAAAUCAAGGGCGAACCGCGUCGUAUCCUCGACCAUGUUGACGGCUGGGUUAAACCGGGCACCCUCACGGCCCUCAUGGGUGUGUCUGGCGCGGGUAAGACGACGCUGCUCGACUGUCUGGCCGACCGAAUCUCCAUGGGCGUCAUCACGGGCGAGAUGCUGGUGGACGGCAAGAUCAGGGAUAACUCGUUCCAGCGCAAGACUGGAUACGUGCAGCAGCAGGACCUCCAUCUCGAGACGACGACGGUGCGCGAGGCGCUGGAGUUUAGCGCCCUGCUGCGACAGCCUGCGACCACGCCGAGGGCAGAGAAGCUAGCGUACGUCGACGAAGUGAUCAAGCUGCUGGACAUGCAGGAGUAUGCGGAUGCCGUCGUCGGCGUGCUAGGCGAGGGGCUCAACGUCGAACAGCGGAAGAGACUCACGAUAGGCGUCGAACUCGCCGCAAAGCCACCGCUGCUGCUGUUUGUCGAUGAACCGACCUCGGGUCUCGAUUCACAGACGUCCUGGGCCAUCCUUGACCUGCUGGAAAAGCUCUCGAAGGCAGGUCAGUCGAUCCUGUGUACAAUUCACCAACCGUCCGCAAUGCUGUUCCAACGUUUCGACCGGCUCCUGUUCCUCGCAAAGGGCGGUAGAACCGUGUAUUUCGGUGAUAUUGGCGACAACUCGUCCGUCAUGACGUCGUAUUUCGAGCGACACGGCGCUCCCAAGUGUUCCCCUGGCGAGAAUCCCGCUGAAUGGAUGCUCCAGGCCAUUGGUGCUGCCCCUGGAUCGACGACGGAGGUGGACUGGCACCAGGCCUGGCUCGAGAGCAAGGAAUAUCAGGACGUCCAGGCAGAACUCCAACGGCUCAAGGAGGAGGGCAACAGCAACGCCAACAGCAGCCACGAUGUCGACGACAAGGCUUCGUACGCCGAGUUCGCAGCGCCCUUUUGGUCCCAGUUCCUCAUCGUCACGCAGCGCGUCUUCCAGCAGAUCUGGCGCACGCCGUCGUACAUCUAUUCCAAGUUCUUCCUCUGCUUCUUCGUAUCGCUCUUCAUCGGCCUCGUCUUCCUUAACGCCCCGCUCAGCAUCCAGGGCUUGCAGAACCAGAUGUUUGCCAUCUUCAAUAUCCUGACUAUAUUUGGACAACUGGUGCAGCAACAGAUGCCGCACUUUGUGACCCAGCGCUCGCUCUACGAAGUUCGUGAACGACCGUCCAAGACGUACAGCUGGAAGAUCUUCAUGCUGUCCCAGAUCGUCGCCGAAAUUCCGUGGAACACGCUCAUGUCCGUCGUCAUGUUCGUCUGCGUCUACUACCCCGUUGGCUUCAACAAGAACGCCGUCCCGGCGGACCAGGUCACCGAGCGAGGAGGCCUCAUGUGGCUGCUGUUCUGGCAGUUCCUCAUCUUUACCUGCACCUUUGCCCAUGCCUGCAUCGCCAUCACGGACACUGCCGAGGCUGGCGGCAAUCUGGCCAACAUCCUCUUCAUGAUGUGUCUCCUCUUCUGCGGUGUCCUGGCCUCUCCUGACAGCAUGCCCGGCUUCUGGAUUUUCAUGUACCGCCUCUCGCCGUUCACGUACUGGGUCUCUGCCGUUCUGUCGACUGGCCUGGCGAACACACACGUUACCUGUUCCUCCAACGAACUCGUCCACCUCGAUCCUCCGAGCGGCCAAACCUGCGGCGACUUCUUGUCCAACUUCAUCUCUGCUGCUGGAGGAUAUCUUCAGGACAGCAACGCCACGUCUGACUGCAGCUACUGCCCGAUCGCUGACACAAACGUCUUCCUCACGAGCGUCAGCUCGAGCUACUCUCACCGGUGGCGCGACUUUGGCAUUGGAAUGGCGUAUAUCGCUUUCAAUAUCGCGGCUGCGGUGUUCUUGUACUGGUUGGUCAGGAUGCCCAAGAAAUGGGGCAAGAAGAGAGAAUGA